CGAAGACGCACGACAUCGCACUGCGUCUGAUAUUUUCGUCGCGCAGCUGUGGAAGGAGGGUGCAAGUGGCAGUCGCUCUUGCCCAACUGCCAUCUCAGUGUAAUAGUUGCAAUUUGCAACGGCAAGUGCGACCUGCGCAUGACACAACCUCACGCCUGCCCGCCCAUCGCAGCCGUGAAACAACGUCAGCGCCGCCAUGAAUCCUUCUUACAACAACAACCCUCCUUACAACUAUCAACAGCAUACUCCAGGACCGCCUCAGCCUCAAUGGCAAGCCCCGCCCCGGAGAGGAUGGGCUGAUCCUCGACUCCAGCAACAGCAGCAAUCCGUUCCUCCACCGCCAACGACCCAACAGCAGCACCCGUUAUCCCCGACCUCUCCUCAUCAUUCAUUUGGAUCUUCCAACUUUGGUCCGCCACUGCCGCCGCCCCCUUCCUCUUCUGGUCAUUAUGACACCUCGGCCUGGGGAGUACGAUAUAAUCAAGGCCUCGGAGGCCAGCAGCUGGAGCCCAAACCUCCUCUGCCACCACGACCAGACAGUGCCUCUGGUCGAGUCAGUCCCCAGCCUGAUCCUGCAUUGAACUAUUCAAAAUACCAACCCUCCUCUUCUCUCCAUCAACCCCCAUCACACCAAUACAAUACCUCAUGGAGCGAUCCCUACAAUCAAAACCCUCCCACCCAACAAUCAAGCAUAGACCCUCCACCACCUCCCCCUCCCCCGCGACCAAUCGAGUAUCAAACUCAGGCUCAAGCCCAAAGCCAGCCUUCAUACAAUCGUAUAAAUACUCCUCACCAAGAAUAUUCCCACCACGCGCCUACACAUCAGUAUGAUCCCCAGGUACCAAGUCAAUGGGGGUCCCAGAAUCCCACAGCGUCCGCGCCGGCUUACCCAUCCACCACACAACCCCAAAUGGGCGCGACCCUCGAUGCCCCGUUGGUCUCCCCCAUUGAGGCAUCGAGCUCUUAUUGGGCCCAUCAGACGCAAGGCAAUACAGUCCCAAAUUCUGUUGCCCAACAAUCUUCCGCCCUUGCCUUGGGCUAUGGUGGACCGUCCGACUGGGAGCAUUAUGCCAGCAGCCCUCCCACCGACACUCCCACCACCCCAAGCGUACAGCCCUUUGGGAAUUCUCAUAUGAUCUCCAAUGCUCCUCCGCAACUACAGGCACCUGUGUCCCCCCCUCUGCCUCCCCCACCGACUGUCUCAGCUCCCACAAAGGCGCCUCAGAUAGAUAUUGUCCACCCGGCUGGCCCAGUUGAGAUUGGCGCUGCAAGUCCAUUGACCGCCCAUCAGCCUCAAGAGCCUCCACCGGCUCCGAAGCCUGAUUUUCGACAGCACGCGGAAGAACGCCCUUCAGGGACAUUGGCCCAGCAGCAGAGUAACUCCAUGGUGGCUACUGAUGAAUCCACUACCAUCGAUAGUGUCGUCCAGGCGUGGACUGCCCCUCUACACCCACGUCAUCAAUAUCAAAACGCGGCUCGCCCUGGAUCUCGCGACUCUGCACGUGAUGUUUCUUUGGAAAACACUCCAACUGUGAGAGUAGUGGACGAGUACGGAGACCUGGAGCCUGAAUUCAAAGCAUCUCUCAAGAGAUACGCUGCAAUGCUCGCUAAAGAGUCUGCGGCAAGCACCGACGAAGACAAGUUCAACAUCUUCCAGUCUUUUGUCAACAAGGAGCUGCGUUUACGAAGCCUACUUUACGGUGUUGAGCUGCCCAAUGUGGUGAAAGAGGUGAAGAAAGCUGCAAGCCUUGCCGACAUCCAAGCCGCCUUGCCUGCCAAUGUCAAGCCAGCUGAUGUCAGUAAAGCGAUCGACACACUAAAACGCGACGGACCCGCCUCUGCUCAUAGCGUUGGACAAGAACAAAAGUCACAGCGAGAAGCUGUGCCAAUCGCCACUGGAACAGCAGAAGAAGCAACAGCGGCAACAGCACCUAACGGGCAUGCCGUGAACGAAGGCGUUGCGCCACAAGUUACAAUGCCAACUACUCAGCGAGCACCUUCUCCUGCAAGGCCGCCACCUUUGACUCAGCUGCAAACAAAGUCUACUGUAGAGGAGCGGCCUGGAUCAAAGGAUGGAUCUUUUGUGAUGGUUGGCUCAAAUGGAAUUGAAGAAGGAGAGUACAGUCCGGGCGGGAGGCCAAGGGUACCCCAGAGGGCUGUCCACGCCCAGGGCGAUGCCAAUGUUCACGAGCCUCAUCAAGUGAGCCAGCUGACAAACCAAACUACAUUGCCUCAUACUGGUCACACGGGACCUCUUGGAACCCAGGUCUUUUUGCCUGGACGCGCAGAUGGUUCCCUAUCCCCAAGCAUUAACGCUCCUAUGGUGAUAGAAGAUUAUCGGAUGCCUGGACCUCCCUCGCCAGGCGUCAAUGCCCCGAUUCUUGUGCUUCCAGAAAUGGCACCUCCCUCAUCCGCCCCAAGUUCCUCUGCAACGAACAAGCCCAGUAAACCAAUCAAGUUCGAACCUCCCAGGCCAGCUUAUACACCUUUCCGUUACAACUCAGCAGUGCAGGACGAGAAGCCGAAGACAUUGCAACCAGCAGAUAAAGCCUACUCGAGCUUGAGAAACUCAGUGGUGGACUCGGGGCGAUUGAUGGCUAUCGAUACGCUCGCUGCGCCUUCUCGGCCGAAAUCAGCUGGUGGAAGAAGGGAGCACGAAGAGGCUUUCAUCGGCCUGAUCAGGCAACAGAGCAUGGCUGUCAGGAAGCAAACACCAGCGUCAUCUCGUCUGGUGCCAGAUAUUAUAAGACCUGGAACUGCAGCGCCGGAUCUGAGGGGACCUCCGCCCAUGUCUGUAAGGAUUGGCACUCCUGUGAACGCCCCAAUCCCUGAAGAUCCUAUGAGAAAAGCGGUUGGAAACCUACGAUCGGUCCUCCCGCCCGAGGCCAUUCCUGCUACACCCAUCGAUGGACCCAAUCAUCCACAGCUAAAGAUGAUUCGCGCCAAAAUUGAUGGCAUCCACGAUGAUUUCGGUUUCAUUCAUGCCGCGGUCGUGGAAUGGGAUCGUACAAACCGCGAGGUGCGCAAGCAACAGGACGCCGAAAGACAAGCCAGGCAGCAGGAAUCGGAAGCGCAUAUCGACGCACUCUUCAAUGACAAUGAGAUUGGUUAUGCGGAUAUUGGGGAGCUAGAGGCAGACUUCAAACUCGGUGAGGCCGAGCGACGGUACCGUGAGAAUCAAGAGGAAUUGGAAUCAUUCACCACUCAGGUGUUCAACAAAGUCACUGAUACGCUUCAAAGAGAGAUUGCAGAGCUGACAACGGCGCAUACUCUUGCCAUCGAUCUACUGGACAUGAGUAGUGAGGCUGUGAGUCACUGGUUCGCUGCAAAUCCGCGAUUGGCCAAUGAACGUGCGAAAAUGAGCGAUGUUAUGAGCUGUGUUCUGGUCCUCUUCAACAAGUUGGAGGUUCGGCACCAAAAGCUUGCAGAAGCUCACGUGGAGAGGGAAAGAAGACGGAAGCAUCUCGAGUUGACGGUGCUCUACACCAACGGUGACACGGCCGGGGUUAAGAAACUCGAUUCUGAGUUUGCCACGGCCGAGAAGAUGCAAGUGCUUCACGAGGCCCGCGCUCGGGAUAGCCGAGCCAACAAAUUGAUGGAUUCCUUUGAUCGUGCAACGGUUCGAGGGUUAGGUGACAAUCAGACAUUUGUGGACGACCUUCUGGUCAAAGUACAAGAUAUCAAGAGAGCCAUAGGGAAGUCAGACAAGGCGGCCACGGAGAAGAUGUUGGAAAAAGACGGUGUCAAAGAUUUGUUGGAUCUUGCACAGGAGACUGUGAACCUGGUCAUUACAGAUUCCCGUCGUCUUCUAGCUCUCUCAAAUGAAGCAGAUGUUCUUCUGAACGAGUCUGACUAUGGGGUGUCGGUGGCGGAAGCGCGUGUCGCCAAUGCUGACAAGGCGACCUACAGCAAGCUGGAAAGCGAGAAGAAAAAAGAGGACACCAAGCUGGUGGAGGAGAUGAAUGCCAGAGUCAGCUCGGUUGUCAAGGGCCCGACUGAGGUUUUGACUUUGAUCAAAGAAAUCUUGACGGAGGAAGGUGAAGAUUCUGAGCAUAAGGAGCGCAUGAGGAAAGCCCUUGAGGCGGCCAAGCAGAGGAAUGCCAGUGUCGACCCGGGGAAUGCGGCGUGAGGCCGACGACUGUCAAUAACGACCUGUCCACCUCUAUUACGUUUGUCUUGGAGUUGCUGAAGGCCACAACUUGGUGCGUGCACAGGGUUGUGAUUCAAUGGAGGUCUAUUUGGAUUUAUGUUGAGACAGUUGGACUGAGAUAUACCCGAUUGAUACUUGAUAAUUGAAUACGCUAAUUUUAUUCCAUGCCA